GAAGGUUCGAGGGUUGUGGGUGGCAGCCCCAUCGUAGCUUCCUCCAAAUAUGGCUCUACAGGCUUUCAAAUCAUCAAUAUUCUCCGCUCUGACAGCCCCAGACGGCGAGCGACGGCAUUCAUACCCACCCAUAGUUUUAAUACAGCACUGUGCUCGAGCUCGAGCUCUGCAUACAAUGGCGAGCAGAUUCUUGGAGACUGGGGGAGGUCCAACGCAGAAACUGGUCGUGACUGAAGGGAGGCGAGAGGCCUGCACGAGAACAUCCGCACUGUACAUGUUGAAGAGGAUGAAGUCAAUGUACGAACCGCAACCAGAGAACCAACCUCCGGUGGGGUGGACAAUGUUGAAGUUGUUAAUCAAUUCAAUGGAUGGACCUGAACUGGAGCUUGGACCGGAAUCUCGGUACAGUUGGAUCCGACAACUGCCCUGGAAAUCUGACUUUGCUACCCUGACCACCGCCUUGAAGGAAAAUAACAUUCCCUUGCAUUGGGUAAUGUUGAGGAUGAAAUGGAUGAUCGGUGAGAAGGUAGCGAACAGAUACAGGCCGGAGAACAAGACACCUUUUCUUUGGCUCCGGUUACUGCCCUGGCAAUCUUGGCAAUCUGACCAUGCAACCUGGAACACCUUCUUGCAGGAAAACGGCAUCAAGAGCGCAAACGGUUUCCUCCUCUUGAUGAGACGUAUAAUCGAGGCUGAACGGAAACAACUACAGUGCGAAAAAGCGAUCCGUGCCCGAAUCUGCCUAGAAGCUGCCGCCCGUCCACCAUCUCCACAGGAGUGGUGGGAAUGGGGCCAGUCGAGACGGGAAGAAAUUGAGGCUGAGGAGGACGAGGCGGACAGAGAGGCGGAGAGGGAUGUGGAGAGGGAAGCGGAGGAGAUCGGAGAAGAUCUAGAAGAACUAGAAGAAUGGGAGGUGGAACUUCAGGCCGAGAGACUUAGAGACCUCGAUAUCUUGAUGAUCUUGCAUAGGUUCCCCGGGGAUGCACUGAAACGAUUAAGGGAAUGGCAAGAUGUUGAGUACCAUCGCCAACAAUUCUUGAAACCUGAGAAUCAGGCUGCACGAGAGAAGGAGGAGGCCAGGGAGGGUGUGAGCAAGGCAGAGGAGGCCGCUAAUUAUCCUAACAAGGCUAAAAAAGAGGCAAAUCCCAUGCAGGAGUACCAGAUUAAAAGGGCUCAGUGCUGGCAUUGGAGACUCGCUAUCGACAAGUGGGACCAUUGGAGUUUCCUCGAGCUCAAGAAUAUUCACACCAAGGAUGGGCAACCGCUCUUCGAGGACGAAGAUUUCAAACUUGAUGAUAUUCCGGUGUGCCAGUAUUGUGCUCUUCUUGGCAGACAUGAUAGAUCACCUCACUUGCCCCAUCAGUCGCCCAAGCAGCCGUUGCAGCAGCAGACUCAGACACCCCAGCAGCCACUCCAAGUUCAAGCUCAAAACCAGGCGCAACAAGCUCCUCAGACUCAACAGGUGAUGGCGAACCAGAGUGACAUACAAGGUCAAGGCCCGUGGCCUACCCCUCAACCGGCGCUACAAGGCUUUCCCCAUCAAGAUCAGCUGCGGCCACGCCAAGCUCAAGACCAAGCACAACAACCUACUCAGGCUCGAGUGAGGUCCAUGAACCAGAAUCAGCAAACUCUGCCUCCAUGGCCUGUACAACAUGGCUUUUCACAUCUUCAUCAGCUGAAGCCACUCCAAGCCCAAACCCAGGUGCAACAAGCUACGGAGAUGAGGUUGUACCAGAAUAGGAUGCAGGUUCAGGGCCUGUGGCCUACUCCUCAACCUGGACAACAUGGCUUUUCACAUUUUCAAACUCAGAUGCAGCCAUCAACCCAGCAAUUUCGCCAGCGCCCUCGUCAGCGCCCUCGCCAUCAAUUUCACCAGUACUCUCGCCAACAUCCUCAGCAGCAGCCUCGCCAGCAGCCUUCUCAGCAAACCUUCGCCCAGCAAGCUAGGGAAAUCGCCCGCUUCAGAAAUGGAUAUGGCCAUAUAGCUGGUGGCCCCCAAUGAUAAAUAUCUCCGGGAUAUUUCUGAGGACGAGUUAGGAUUGUUGCAUGAUCUCAACCGUACUCGACUCUGGGUUGAGGGCUGUCUGAUUAUGGAGACUUGUUGCGAGGAUUGUGCUGCGGAUGGUAGCGUCGAAGAGGACAAGAUUGUCGUUGUGAGAGCGGAGUUACUUUGGUGUACAUUAGUCGUUCAUUAUCCAGCAUCUUCACCUUGGGUCAUGGAGUCGAACGUGGGGGAGACGUUCACUUCCUCGCAGCCCGAAAGCAUAUGACUCUCAGCA